GGAAUUCUGUAGAAGCGUCAGGCUUGUGUCAAUUGAAACUUGUGCCAGCGCAUACAAGGGGGGAAACAUCGACUAAACAAAAAACAAGAUGGAAGUAAAGCCGAUCGCCAUAAUCACCACAUUCGUAGCAUGUAUCAUGCUCGUUCAGUCUCUCGCCAUACCUGCUCAAAGUGAAGACAAUGGACUGUCAGCGGAUAAAAGGCCAAAGUACAUGGACACCCGUGAUCUAUCAUACUUUAAAGACCUGAUGCUAGUUGCUAUAGACGAGCUCAUUGACGAGGGUAUUAUUAAUCCUGAUAUAUUGGCAAAACCUGAACCCGCAACAGAAGUGCCGAUGACGGAGAAUAAGCGCGCUGUGCUGAAGCUAUGCAUCCGCCGGAAUCAACAGGGAGGAUUCGUGGCCAAACCUUGCUGGAAGUCGUCUGCUUAAAAUCAGAUAUAUGUGGAAGAUCAAACGCUUAUUUUUGGCGGUAGCUGGGAGACAUUAACGCCAUCUUUCCAAAAUCAUCGUUUUGAGGCGUGGAUGGAAAUGCAUAUGUGAGAAGUAACAGGACCACCAAAAUAUGUUUUAACUGAUUCAGAAAAUUGAACCAAUUUGAUUUAGACGUUAAGCCAUUUGGACUGCUAGUAUUGUUUUACAAAAUGUGUAUGCAAAAUGUUUUCAAUUGUCAGAAGUUCGUACCCGUAUUGUAGAUGUUAUAAGAAUUCGCGGACGCGCACUAGUUUUAAACACAAAUUACACAUUAAUGACACAAAAUCUAAUAUCUUAAAGAAAGCCUACUGCAAAAAAUACAUAUAGUGACCUAAUAGAUAAUUAAUGUUAAGCUUUCAAAAUCAUUUAAAAGUAUGAAUCAAAAUAUCAGAAUAAUAUGCAUUAUAUCAAAAACUGGUGCCGGUUUUGAUCUACUGUCACCAACUGUAUAAUAUACAUUUAGUGUCCAAAAAGUCUUUAAUUAUACAUGGAAAAUACUUGUUUUAUGCUUUCAAACACAUUAUUCAUCUAACAUAUCACAUAAGAAAUGGAAUAAUACAGUCGGUGUUUGUGAUGUUUUUAUCUGUUUGUUUUAACAAUUCAAAGUAGAAUUAGAACUCGACUAUUGUUUAUUUUCGGCCCAUCUAUGUACCAUUAUAUAAUCUAAAGUUUAAAAUAAAUAUCGAACCAAA